AUGGGGAGGAUCGGGACUACGCCCCCCUACCUCCCCUUUCAACCCGAGACUCCGUCGCGAUCGAAGCGCACCCACAUCGAGCGUAGUGGUUGCCGCAUUCGGGCGCAGUCCUCUUGGAAUAGAAAAUAUCGAAAUGGAGUUAAAAGGAAAGGUCGCUUUGAUAACGGGCGCGGCGGCUGGCAUCGGACUCGCGUACAGCGAAGAGUUGCUCAAGCAAGGAGCCAAGGUAAGCCUUCCAACUCACCGUAUCGCAUUACUAAUCUUAAGUUCAAGGUAAAAGGU